CUCACCUUCACUUGCCAUUUUCUCUUAAACCCACAACACAACACAUCCCACUUCACUUCUCUCAGGUUGAAAUGGUGCACCACCAUGAAAGCUCCGAAGAAGCCAAAAACGACCCACAGGAGCAAGCGAAACGACCCAAGUUUUCCAUAAACGACGACGUCGACAUUCUCCGGGAAAUCCUAAAACGACUGGACGGUCCUUCUCUGGGCGUAGCCGCCUGCGUCUGCCGUCUCUGGUGUAACCUCACUCGAAACGACGACACCCUCUGGGAGCACCUCUGUUUUCGCAACGUGUCGUCUCCUCCUCCACCCUCUGUCCGCCCCGUUGUCGUUGCUCUCGGCGGCUACAAGCGCCUUUACAUGGUGUGCGUGCAACCCAUUCUGAGUCGACUCGGCGACUCUGACCGGGUCAGGAAACGGGUCUGGACUCGUCACGCGGUUCAACUCUCCCUCUCCUUGUUUUGCAUUGACAGCUAUGAGAGAAGACUCAGUGGUGACGCGUCCGCUUCGUCGCUCAUGUUCCUCUGUAACCCCAUCAACGUUUGAUUUAUUGACUUUCUUUUUCAUAAAAAAAAUUUCGAUUCGUUUAUUAAUAUUAUUAUUUUGAUAUUAUUUCGCCUUUAGCAAGUUGUAGCAAAAUAAUGGUAAACACUGUUUGGUAUCGAACAAUAUGGACACAUAUCUACUACAAAAAUAUUAGGAAAUAGGAACAUUUUUUUCUGAACUCCUUUUUUUUUAAUAUUGUUGUUAUGAUUAUAUGUGUUGAAGUGGUCAAAUGAAUCCUAUCUUGCUUAUUAUUAUUAAUUUUUUAAUUUCCCCACUUGGUCUGUGUU